AUGGGCAGAUUGGAAGGCAAAGUCGCCAUCGUUACAGGCGCGGGCUCAGGCUUCGGUGCUGGUAUCUCGAGAAGGUUCGCGGCCGAGGGCGCGAAGGUCCUCGUAUGCGAUAUCAACCAGGCCGGCGGCGAAGCAACCGUCUCCUCGAACCCUGACUUGCUAUCUUUCCAUAAAAUGGAUGUAACCAAGUCUGCGGACUGGAAAGCCACCAUGGACGCUGUAUUGCAAAAGUUCGGUAGAUGUGAUAUACUGGUCAACAAUGCAGGCUGGUCCUACACCAACAAACCCACCACUGAUGUCACAGAAGAGGAGUUCGAACGCACGUUCGAUGUAAAUGUGAAAGGCGUGUACUUGGGCUGUAACGCAUGGGUACAGCAGGCCAUGGAAAGGAAGGAAGGUGGUGUAAUAAUCAACAUUGCGAGCGUUGGAGCGACCAGACCACGAGCAGGCCUCGUGUGGUAUAAUGCCAGUAAAGGAGCUGUUUGGAACGCAACCAAAGGUCUUGCUCUCGAGUACGGCCCCCAUCAAAUCCGCGUAAACUCCAUUUGCCCUCUCGUCACUGGUACCGGCCUCUUCUCUGCCUUCACCGGCGUGGAGGACACACCAGAAAACAGGCAGAAGUUCGUAGGAAAUGUACCGAUGGGACGCAUUGGUGAGGUGGAUGACGUGGUCAACGCGUGUGUUUUCAUAGCAUCUUCCGAAGCGAGCUUUAUUACCGGAGUCAAUUUAGAGGUCGAUGGUGGGAGAUGCAUCUAA